AUGCCGAGGGCACCAAAGGUCACCAAGCCGCGCCACGACCCGCUCCACGUCGAGCUCACCGCCGAUGAGAGCGUCCGUCGAUUUGGCCGCAUCACUGCGCCGGGCAAGAGGCAAAAGCGCACCGAAGAGGAGGAGGAGCAGGGUCAGGGUGAGGAUGCUCGCAUGUCGCGCAAGAUUCUUGAGCUUGCCCGUGAGCAGCAGGACGAAGUGAACCGCGAGCUGGGCGAGGACGACGACUGGGAGGACGAGGACAACGAGCCCGAGCCCAGCUCGCGCGCACGCGCCGAGGCUGGCAUGGACAGCGACGACGACGAGGAGUUUGAGGACGGUUCAAUGUCGGGUGGUGAGGAGGAGGCCGAGCUGGAAAUCGCCCCCGAGGACCACGCGACGCUCGAUGCGCUCAACGCGCCUGGCGAGGGUGGACAGGGCAAGACGCUUGCCGACCUCAUCUUUGCCCAGAUGGAGGGUGGUGCGACUAGCGCGUUUGACGAGGAUGACGGACCUCCCGACCCGAAGCAGGGCCUGAACCCCAAGGUUGUCGAGGUUUACACCAAGGUCGGCUACCUCCUGUCCCGCUACAAGUCGGGCCCCCUGCCAAAGGCUCUCAAGAUCCUUCCCUCGCUCCCCCACUGGGCUCAGCUCCUUGCUCUUACCCAGCCCAACGAUUGGACUCCCCACGCCACGUUUGCGUGCACCAAGAUCUUCGUGUCCAACUUGAAGCCCUCGGAGGCUCGCGUGUUCAUGGAGGGUGUCCUCCUUGACCGCGUGCGCGAGGACAUGCGCGACUCGAACGGCAAGCUCGCCGUCCAGCUGUACGAGGCCCUCAAGAAGUCGCUGUACAAGCCCGCCGCCUUCUUCAAGGGUAUCCUCUUCCCGCUGUGCGAGACCGGCUGUUCGCUCAAGGAGGCUGCCAUUAUCGCCUCGGUUCUCUCCAAGGUGUCCGUCCCCGUCCUCCACUCGGCUGCCGCCCUCCUCCGCCUCGCCAGCAUGGACUACACUGGCCCCAACUCGCUCUUCAUCCGUAUCCUCCUCGACAAGAAGUACGCCCUUCCCUUCAAGGUCGUCGACGCUCUCGUCUUCCACUACAUCCGUCUCGCCAACUCGCCCCGUUCGCGUGACGGUGAGGACAAGCUCCCCGUCCUCUGGCACCAGUCGCUUCUCGUCUUUGUCCAGCGCUACGGCUCUGACCUUACGUCGGACCAGAAGGACGCCCUUCUCGACGUCAUCCGCGUGCGCCCCCACCCCACCAUCUCGCAGGAGAUCCGUCGCGAGAUUGUCAGCUCGGUCGAGCGUGGCGCCCCCCGCCCCGACGACAACGGCGAUGUUGCCAUGGCCUAG